UCCCGGCCUUUUUGUCCGGACGCGGCGGGAGCGCGCUCAGCGCGUGCGUACGCGGCGGUGGUUGGCGGCGAGCUACCUGUGCGAAGUGAGGCGAGGCGGCUCCGGACCCACGGACCGACAGACCGAGCGGCCCCUUCGGCCGUCGGCGGCCAGGCGGCCAGAGAUGUUAUCUGGGAAGAAGGCCGCGGCGGCGGCGGCGGCGGCAGCGGCGGCGGCGGCCGGGACUGAGGCCGGCCCCGGGGCAGCGGGCGGCGCGGAGAACGGCUCCGAGGUGGCCGCGCCGCCCGCGGGCCUCUCGGGCCCUGCCGAGGCCGGGCCGGGGGUGGCCGGGGAGCGUACUCCCCGCAAGAAAGAGCCUCCGCGGGCCUCGCCUCCCGGGGGACUGGCCGAACCGCCGGGGUCCGCCGGGCCUACCGUCGUGCCUGGAUCUGCGACCCCCAUGGAAACGGGAAUCGCGGAGACUCCGGAGGGGCGACGGACCAGCCGGCGCAAGCGAGCGAAGGUAGAGUACAGAGAGAUGGAUGAAAGCUUGGCCAACCUCUCAGAAGAUGAGUAUUAUUCAGAAGAAGAGAGAAAUGCUAAGGCGGAGAAAGAAAAGAAGCUUCCCCCCCCACCCCCUCAAGCCCCACCUGAGGAAGAAAAUGAAAGCGAGCCUGAAGAACCAUCUGGGCAAGCAGGAGGACUUCAAGACGACAGUUCUGGAGGGUAUGGAGACGGCCAAGCAUCAGGUGUGGAGGGUGCAGCUUUCCAGAGUAGACUUCCUCAUGACCGGAUGACUUCUCAAGAAGCAGCUUGUUUUCCAGAUAUCAUCAGUGGACCGCAGCAGACCCAGAAGGUUUUUCUGUUCAUUAGAAACCGCACAUUGCAGUUGUGGUUGGAUAAUCCAAAGAUUCAGCUGACCUUUGAGGCUACUCUCCAACAGUUAGAAGCGCCUUACAACAGUGAUACUGUGCUUGUCCACCGAGUUCACAGUUAUUUAGAGCGUCACGGUCUGAUCAACUUCGGCAUCUAUAAGCGGAUAAAACCCCUACCAACUAAGAAGACAGGAAAGGUAAUUAUUAUAGGCUCUGGGGUCUCAGGCUUGGCAGCAGCUCGUCAAUUACAAAGUUUUGGGAUGGAUGUCACGCUUCUGGAAGCCAGGGAUCGAGUGGGUGGACGAGUUGCUACGUUUCGCAAAGGAAACUAUGUAGCUGAUCUUGGAGCUAUGGUAGUGACAGGUCUUGGAGGGAAUCCCAUGGCUGUGGUCAGCAAACAAGUAAAUAUGGAAUUGGCCAAGAUCAAGCAAAAAUGCCCACUUUAUGAAGCCAAUGGACAAGCUGACACUGUCAAGGUUCCUAAAGAGAAAGAUGAAAUGGUAGAACAAGAGUUUAACCGGUUGCUAGAAGCUACAUCUUACCUUAGUCAUCAGCUAGACUUCAAUGUUCUCAAUAAUAAGCCUGUGUCCCUCGGCCAGGCGUUGGAAGUCGUCAUUCAAUUACAAGAAAAGCAUGUCAAAGAUGAGCAGAUUGAACAUUGGAAGAAGAUAGUGAAGACUCAGGAGGAGUUGAAAGAACUUCUUAAUAAGAUGGUAAAUUUGAAAGAGAAAAUUAAAGAGCUCCAUCAGCAAUACAAAGAAGCGUCUGAGGUCAAGCCACCCCGAGAUAUCACUGCCGAGUUCUUAGUGAAAAGCAAACACAGGGAUCUGACUGCCCUCUGCAAGGAAUACGAUGAAUUAGCCGAAACACAAGGAAAGCUAGAAGAAAAACUUCAAGAAUUGGAAGCCAAUCCCCCAAGUGACGUGUAUCUCUCAUCAAGAGACCGACAAAUACUUGAUUGGCAUUUUGCAAAUCUUGAAUUUGCUAAUGCCACACCUCUGUCUACACUCUCCCUUAAACAUUGGGAUCAGGAUGACGACUUCGAGUUUACUGGCAGCCACCUGACCGUGAGGAACGGCUACUCGUGUGUGCCCGUGGCGUUAGCAGAAGGCCUGGACAUUAAACUGAACACGGCGGUGCGGCAGGUCCGCUACACAGCCUCAGGAUGUGAAGUGAUAGCUGUGAAUACUCGCUCCACGAGCCAGACCUUUAUUUACAAGUGCGAUGCAGUGCUCUGCACGCUGCCCUUGGGGGUGCUGAAGCAGCAGCCGCCGGCCGUGCAGUUCGUGCCGCCGCUUCCUGAGUGGAAAACGUCCGCGGUGCAAAGGAUGGGAUUUGGCAACCUUAACAAGGUGGUACUGUGUUUUGACCGUGUGUUCUGGGAUCCAAGUGUCAAUUUGUUUGGGCAUGUCGGCAGUACGACUGCCAGCCGGGGUGAGCUCUUCCUCUUCUGGAACCUUUAUAAAGCUCCAAUACUAUUGGCACUAGUGGCAGGAGAAGCUGCCGGCAUCAUGGAAAACAUAAGCGAUGAUGUGAUUGUCGGCCGAUGCCUGGCCAUCCUCAAAGGGAUUUUUGGUAGCAGUGCGGUGCCCCAGCCCAAGGAGACUGUGGUAUCUCGCUGGCGUGCUGAUCCCUGGGCCCGGGGCUCCUAUUCAUAUGUAGCUGCGGGAUCCUCUGGAAAUGACUAUGAUUUAAUGGCUCAGCCAAUCACUCCUGGCCCCUCAAUUCCAGGUGCUCCACAGCCAAUUCCACGACUCUUCUUUGCUGGAGAACAUACAAUCCGUAACUACCCAGCCACCGUCCAUGGCGCUCUGCUGAGUGGGCUGCGAGAAGCAGGAAGGAUUGCAGACCAGUUCCUGGGGGCCAUGUACACCCUGCCUCGCCAGGCCACACCAGGCGUCCCUGCACAGCAGUCCCCAAGCAUGUGAGACUGAUGGGUUCUGAGGGAAGCAGACGACGUGCAGGUCUUUUGCUGUGUAAGCAAAGCUCUCGUAGCAAUACUGGAUCCCACUGAGAAACUCACUCUGGCAUCUGGGCUCCAAUCAGCUGCUGGAACUCAUGAUGCCAGGUGGCCAAGGAGGUGGCCUCCUUUGAGUGACUUAGAGCUAGAGAGGCAGUUAUCCGUUAGUGUGGAAGUCGGUAUUCUUCCUAAAGACUGAGGUAAGCAAGCGUCGUGAGAGGACAUCUUAGCCUCUUGGUGUGUGGUGGUUUUUUUAUAUUUUAAAAAUAAAGCUUCAUAUAAAAUUCUUUUGUUGUUGUUUCCCCUUUAGAUUUAUAUGACGGGUACUGUGCCUUUGGAAAUGCCCGCUUUAUCCGUGUUUAAUAAAGUAUAAGGAUAUUUCUAGAAAGGCGGAAACUGGUUUGGUCAGGUCUGAAGAUGGGGUUGAGGGGGAACCCUACAGAAGCAGUGGGCUUCCUGAUCAGUGGAACUAGAGAGUUCCCCAUCGGGACUGUGGGGUGAGUGUACACCAGGAGUGUGAAGCUACAGGUCAAGCAUAUGGGUAUUAGAGGAGACUUUGAAUUUCUACGGUAAAACAAGGCACAGAGUUUGGGUGGGUCUCUGGCAGACCACUCAGGCUUUACUCCCCAGGUUCCCUCCAUGGGUGUGUGCUAACUUCCCACUUUUGUCCAACGUACUGGUAUAAAAGUUUUAGGAAGUGUUCCGUAAGAAAAUCAAGGGUUUGGGUGACUGAGCUGUUAUGUCAGUUUCCUGCUGCUGACAGAUUACCACAGUAGGCUCUGAGGGGCGAUUCCUCCCCCUUGCCUUUUAAGCUUCUAGUGGCUGUAUUUCUUGGCUUGUGGCCCCUUCCUCCAUCUACUCCAAUCUAUCUCUGCUUUUCUUGUUCUGUAGUCCUGUCUCCCUCGUACAGGGAUACUUGUGAUUUCAUUUAAGGCCCACCCAGAUCAUCUCCCCAUUUCAAAAUCUUUACUCAUGUCUGCCAAGUCCCUUUUGCCGUAUAAGGUAAAAACAUUUUUACAAGAAGGGAACAGUAACUGUUCUUCUCAAAGGCUCCUAAUAGACAGUGUUACUAUAAAUGCACGUAUAUAAUCUGUUUGCUUUUACUCGUGUUAGUCAAUUCAAGAUUUUCGGGACGUUAUGUUGGUGGGGUAAUGGUAAGAUGAUAAAGAUGGAGAGGACUUUUCCCUAGUCUUCGAGUAACAGCAGUGGGGGAGAUCUGCACACCAGGAUCAGGGCGAGUGGUGUAAAGGUAAGAACAGCAUGCAGUGGCAAGUACUGCUAUGACCUGUAUUUGAAUCCCAGCUCUGCCAUUCAUACUGUUACCUCAGGUGGGUGACCCAGCGUUAGGUGCUUUAAAACAUUGUUUAAAUAAAUGGCUUGGACACCUUGA